UAAAACGUUGGUGUGUGUGUGUUCCGUUCUGUUAACCCUCUUUUGCUUCUUCGAUCAUCCAUCCAUCCAUCCAAUUAGUUGUUGUCUAGUGCCCAACCAUCACCAUGUACUCCGACGAUUCUUCUUCAAUUGUUCGUCUCAAUAUCGGUGGCAAGAAGUUUUGUACAACUGUUGAUACGCUAACUCAGAGGGAGCCUCAUUCGAUGCUUGCGGCUAUGUUUAGCGGUCGCCACACUGUUUGUAAGGACUCUGACAAGGGGUAUGUAUUUCUUGACAGGGAUGGAAAACAUUUUCGACACAUAUUAAAUUGGUUGAGAGAUGGUGUGGUUCCCAACUUGGGUGAUGUAGAGUGUUCAGAGCUUUUGCGGGAGGCAGAAUACUAUCAGCUUCUUGGAUUAGUGGAUGGGAUAGCUGAGGUCGUGAAUAAGAAGAAAGAGGCUGAAGAAAUGGAUACUGAAUUAACACGAACUGAUAUUAUCAAAUGUGUACAAUCUGAAAAAGUCAGAUUGAGAGGAGUAAAUCUCUCUGGCCUCGAUCUUUCAAAACUGGACUUGUCCUAUGUGGACUUCAGCUAUGCAUGCCUGAAAAACGUUUUCUUCUCACGCGCUAACCUUCAGUGUGCUAAGUUUAAGGAUGUAGAUGCUGAAAAUACAAUUUUUCACAAUGCAACAUUGCGUGAAUGUGAGUUCACUGGGGCCAAUCUUCGUGGAGCAUUGCUAGCUGGAGCAAAUCUUCAGAGUGCAAACUUACAAGAUGCGUGCCUGAUAGACUGUAGCUUCUGCAAUGCAGACCUGCGCUCUGCACAUCUUCAGACCGCUGAUCUUACAAAUGCAAAUUUGGAGGGAGCCAAUCUUGAAGGCGCCAAUCUAAAGGGUGCAAAAUUGACCAAUGCUAAUUUAAAAGGUGCAAAUCUUCAACGUGCUUAUCUUCGUCAUGUGAAUCUUCGUGACACGGAUUUGGAUGGCGCGAAACUGGACGGUGCAAAUUUGCUUGGAGCAAUUAGAUAACAGUAAACUAAUUCAAAGACUCAAAAGAGUGGUGGUAUAAUUUUCUUUCUGUACUUGGUUACAAUUUCGUGAUGACUCUCAUUGGUUCUAUGCAUUGCUAGAUUUACCUAAGUUGUGGUUUAAAACGAUCAUACUUAACUUUUAAAUUUCACUUCUUUUUGUACA